AUGAGUGCCGCUCGCCGUCCCGCGCUCCUCGCGCUCCCGCUGCUGCUGCUGCUCGUCGCCAGCCUGCUGGUCACCCCGCUGCGCGCCGAGGACUGCGACUCAAUCCUUGAUAAGGUGGAGGAAUGUGAGGAGAAUGUGGGGAAGCUGAGGAAGCUGCGGUUUGAGUCGGAGAACAAGUAUGAUGCGACGCACGCGAUGUGGGAGAAGAUGAACGAGAAGAUGGCCGAGUGUGAGGAGACCACCGCCAAGAACGCUGCCGAGCGGGAGAAGGAGAAGAGCGAACUGAUGGCUCAGGUGCAUGAGCUGGAGAACAAGGUGAAGGAGCUGCAAGCGAAGCUGGGCAUCAAUGAGGACAGCAGCACCAGUGACGACACGAGCAGUGACGUGAACACCAGUGACAGGUAA